AUGCCCCGAUUUCUGAAGCAUAUUCAAGGCACGAAUUACGAUAGUGUUAGAAUAGAAACUAACGAGUGGUACUCAUAUCCGAUGUUGUUACAACUUGCCAUGGUGUGCUCCGCCCUUGGAUCAACGCCAUUUUCAAAUUCGCGUGGAUCUCUGUUCUCUCUUAGAGUUAUUGUGUCUCCAUCUCAGUUCACACGCUUAUUAGCGAGUGCUGUCCUUUUCCUCAGCUCAGAGGAAGCCAAUAUGUCUGAGCGACAUAUUGACAUAAGUCGCAGCAACUACUCCGUUAUUGACAAUGAGUUUGGAAAUAUGAGAGACCGAUUCGAGGCGGAAAUGCGACGUGUCGAAGAUGAAAUGAAGCGCCUUCGUCAGGAGUUCGAAGGUGGCCUUUUCCAGCUUGAACUCAACAAACCUUCUUGGCGGUGCAAGCUGUUGAUAUCUUCCAUGUGUCAUCCGCCGGUACACGACACCGAUCUCUGCCUAAACCUUUUUAUUGUGGAAUACCCUAGACCAAAAGUAGCCAAGCAGCCGUCUCAGCAGCUUCUUUCCCGUGCAAUCAAGCCUCUCCAUCAUUGUAUACGGUUCUUGCGAAGUAUCCGAUUCGAUCAUGAUGGGGCGAAUUGCGGAUAG